AUGGCAGCAACGACAGCAGUGGGACAGUCGAACGGGUUGGGAUACGCGGCUACCACAGCGACAGCGAUCACAGUGGCACCAAAGGUAUCUGUGUCGAAGGGCGCCGAUGACCUCACGCUCCGCCUCGAAUUCGGCGGCGGGCUGCACCUCCUCUUCUCGGCGCAGCCGCAGCACAAGGUCCACGUUCCCCGCACUACUGGGGGAAAGCCCACGGACAUUCGCUCCCUUAUCCAGUGGAUGAAGACGAAUCUCGUUAGUGAGCGUGAGGACAUGCGACCAGGUAUCCUGGUGCUAAUCAACGACGCGGACUGGGAGCUCGAAGGCGAGCUUGACUACGAGCUCCAGGAUGGAGACGAGAUCGUGUUCAUCUCGACGCUGCAUGGCGGGUAG